AUGAAACAGUACACUUUCUAUUCCUCAUCAUUGGAAAUGUUGAUACAAUUCAUCAACAACCUUAUUAUUUCUCCUUCCCAUAUUUUUGCAAUGCUUUUGUUAGCAGGUAUAGCAAUCAUCUACUUUGCAUUCAGAAGAAAAGUAUCCUUUUACUUGAUAGACUUCACCUGCUACUGUCCACCCAGUUCAUAUAGGCUACCAAUAGCCAUGUUCAAAGAAAACACUCUUGUUGAAAACAUGGAUCCAGAGGCUGUUGAUUUCCAAUGCAAGAUCAUAUCAAAAUCUGGAUUCAGUGAACUAACAUCAAUUCCCCAAUCUCUUGCUCAAGUCCCCAAAAUAAAAUCCCUCACAUGUGCCCUUGAGGAGGCUGAAACAACAAUAUGUUCAGCAAUCACAGAACUCUUUCAGAGAAAUAACAUCAACCCAAAAUCCAUUGACAUACUCAUUACAAACAGCAGCGUCUUCUGUCCUACCCCAUCUCUCAGUGCCAUGGUGGUUAACAAGUUCAAGAUGAGGAGCAACAUCAUGAGCUUCCACCUCUCAGGCAUGGGAUGCAGUGCUGGAAUCAUAUCAGUGAGUCUGGCUAAAGAUUUAUUGAGAGUUCAUCAGAAUUCACUAGCUUUAAUAGCUAGCACAGAGACACUGAGUUUAAAUUGGUACACAGGGAAAGUCCCUUCCAUGCUGCUAACUAAUUGCUUAUUCAGAAUGGGUGGAGCUGCUAUAUUAAUGUCUAGCAGGAGACAAGAUAAGCAUAAGGCAAAGUAUGAGCUGAAGCAUACUGUUAGAACAAUCAAUGCACAUGAUGAUCAAUCUCAUGGCUGUGUCAGCCAGGAAGUGGAUCCAGAGAACAUUGAAGGUGUGUCGAUAUCAAAGAACAUUGUCCAAGUGGCUGGAAAUGUUCUGAAGAAAAACAUAGCUUCACUUGGACCAUUGGUUUUGCCAUGGAGGGAGCAAUUCUUGUUUGUUUUUUCCAUUGUUUGUCAGAAACUGUGGAGUGCAAGCAUCUACACUCCGAAUUUCAAUCACGCUUUUGAUCAUUUCUGCAUACAUUCAGGGGGGCGAGCCGUUAUACAAGCCAUGGAAAGAAACUUGAGGUUGAGGAAACAGGACGUUGAACCGUCAAACAUGACUCUUUACAGGUUUGGAAACACUUCAUCUGCUUCAAUUUGGUAUGAGCUGAGCUACAUAGAAGCAAAAGGGAGGAUGAAACGGGGUGAUACGGUGUGGCAAAUUGCCUUUGGAAGUGGAUUCAAGUGCAACAGUGCAGUGUGGAAAUGUCUAUGCGAUGUGAAACCAGAUACCACCAGUGCAUGGAGGGAUACAAUUCACAAUUACCCUGUAGAUAUUGUGAGAACAAACUGAUAUGAAAAUUGAAUGAGUGGGUCAUUGUACACAUUUUGUUUUAGGCUGGAUUUGAA